AUGAAGCAAAGCGAAAAAGAGGAGAAGAAGGCGGAGAGAAGGAAAGCACUCGACAUGUUGUGCUCCAGGUCAGCUUUGUUGUUAUCUGUAGUGAGCUGCAUCGCACUGAUUCACGUUGAACUCAGAACACAGGAACAUCAGCGACUGAUAUCAUACUCAAUAACAAGCUGUGAUCAGAUUGAGACAAAAAUACUCAAGAAAUUACAACCGAAGAGCUAUGGACACUGGCAAGCCAACAAGGAAAGCCAUUCAGGAGGUCAUUGGCAAGAAAUACGAGGUCAGGUUUUGCGCGGCGUAAGUUGUUACUCAUGUUUUGACGACCGCAAUAGUUUUCGGUCAUUAUUUUCAAGACAUUCCUCGUCCCUAGAGAUGUUCCCUCAGAAAAUGGGUUUUUACAAACAUGAAAUAGGCCCUAGUAAUAGCGAAAGGUAGCUUCUUAGCCACUAUCGAAUGCAAGGUUGUAGUGUUUUCCUUAAGCGGCCAACCUCCGGGUAACGGUAAGUGGCCGCUAAAUGGAGGUUGGUCGCUCAAUAUACGUUUGUCAUAAAUUAGCAGAGACAUCACCAUAUCUUGAACAAACACACGACGGGAGAAGCAUUACUGCUCUACAAUCGGUCAUCAACUUCCAUCUCGGAUUUUUGUUUCCUUGAUCAUAUCUCGUUAGGACGAUCAAAAGGUGCCGCGGCCGAUUAAUAGAGGUGGCCGCUUGAAAGAAGGUUAAUUUCCCAUUCUUUUCUACAAUUAUUUCAGAAUUAUUAUUAUUAUUAUUAUUAUUAUUAUUAUUAUUAUUAUUAUUAUUAUUAUUUCUACCUAAAACUCGUGGGACGUUCAGAUUUAACAGUUAUAGCAAGAACGAAUUAAAAAAACAAACAAACAAUUUAUCUAAUUUUGCAAGUCAAAAGUUUUACUUUUUCAAAAAUAUGCCCAUACUACGAGAAAUGUUUGUCAGUCACUCUUGAGAGGAAUUUUCAUUACUGCUUUCAUUUAUCAAUAGAUGGGACAGACGAUUUCUUAAGAAUAAAGCGAGCUUCACCACAUAAUUCACAACAGCAAUUGGUCCAAACAGUUUCUGAAGUAAAACUGCUAAUCAAAGAAGAGCUUCGUUUGAUGCAAAACCAAAUCUGUGCUAAAGAUGAAACAAUUUGCCAGUCAGGAUCAAAAGGUAACAAUGGACGACGGGGAAAACCAGGAUACCGAGGAAGACCAGGCCCCCCAGGGAGACUCGGGCCAGAGGGACCUCCUGGUAAACAUGGACCAAUAGGACCUCAAGGACCGAUGGGUCUGAAAGGGGAUCUCGGAGUACCGGGUGAUCCUGGUCCCGCGGGACCUAGAGGCCUAGCGGGGCAGAAAGGCGUCAAGGGUGAACAGGGAAAGUCCAUUUCGGCUCCUUCUCUGCUUCAGCGACCUGCUGGAACAACAGUUAAUGAAACUCAAACAGCCAUCUUAAAAUGUGUAGCGGACGGUAAUCCAACUCCACAGGUCACGUGGUCCAAAGUAAAUUCAUCGCUUCCCAUUGGACGUCACGUGACUACCAGUAGCGCUCUUAUUGUGAAGGACGUUAGACCAGAAGACGAUGGAGUUUACAGAUGUAGAGUUGAAAACUUGCUGGGCAACAUCAACGCCACAGCAAAGCUAACUGUUCAAUGUAAGAUUGACCACUUUCUUUAAGGUAUUUUGUAAAAAUAAAUUAUUGAGCAACAGGAGCAGAUGAAACAAGGACGCAGUCUGUUGACUAAUUAAAACAUUUGACGGGGACGCGCUGUGGCUAGUGUGAGUUUAAGUUUCAGACUAUAACUUUUCUAAUUAGUUAUUGUUAACGUGAAUAAAUGUUGGGCAAUUUAUCGAAAUUUACGUUCAGCAUAAGUACAAGAUUACUUUUUGUAAGCCGCAGGAGACUGGACUGAAAACUUGAGCACAGGGACUAACACCACAAGCUAAACGACCAGUUAAAGGAGUACGGAUGUAAGGAACUUGCUAUCUCGGUCUGCAACAUAAUGCGAAAUUAAAUUAAACGUAAAUAAUAUUCAAGGGUCCGGUGCGGAAGCCAAUAACUGGUAAGAGAAAAAUCAGUUUGCAUUUCUUUAAAGAGGCAGUUGAAAUGUCAGUGCUGAACUCCCAUUUUUAAUCUUGUAAAUCCUAGAAUUUAUGAAACGAGGCAAUUUGCUUCAAAGACUGAUGUUUAUAGCGGCUGUUUUUACAUUAUAAGAAAACAAAUUUUUCUCUUUAGUUGGUCUUCAACAACAAGUUUUGUUUUUCAAUUUUUCAUUAGCUGAUCCUCAACUUUUCUUAUCAUCCAAUCGACUGAUGGCUGAAGAGAAACAAAAUGUCACUAUCGCCUGCAAUGCUACUGGUCAGCCGCAACCAAGCAUCACGUGGUCAAAAGCCUUUGGUUCUUUGCCUAAAGAAAAAGCUGCAGUUAAGAAUGGAGCCCUUACAAUCUAUAACCUUACAAAAAACGACGUCGGUAUAUACAUGUGCAAAGCAGAAAAUAUUCUGGGACGGGAUACCAGUACAGUUCUAGUGGUAGUGUUUUCUCCUUUGAGGUUCAAAGUCCGCCCUCCUCAUGAAGUGACUCCCUUGUCUGGCUUCAAUGUCCGUCUGCCCUGUUUGGCCGAGAGCGAUCUGAAACCAACAGUAUCUUGGAAAAAAGAGGGCAAACUUUUACUUCCCGCUGACACCUAUGUUCUUACAAAUGGAACACUGCUUUUCCGAGACAUCAAGCAAUCACACCAAGGAACAUACAUCUGUAGAGCAACUAAUGCUCUGACGACAAUUGAAGCUAAAGUUAAAAUCAACUCUCCAAUUAUUGCUACCUCCUGUUCUGUGAUAAGAAAGUACUUCAGCAGUGUAAGCGGAAAUUACGUCAUUGAUCCAGAUAGCGAGGGAGGCCUGGCACCAUUCACAGUCUUCUGUGACAUGACUGAUAAGAGUGGAGUUGGCGUGACAGUAAUAGAUCACGACAGCGAAAGAAGAACACAUGUGAAUGGAUAUAGCAGUCGAGGUAGUUACUCACAUGACAUUCAUUACACAGGAGCGAGUCUGUCUCAGCUGGCCAGUCUCACCAGAGUUUCUUCACACUGUGAACAGUUCAUCAAAUAUGAGUGUUUGGACUCAGUUUUGCUUUACAAUAGACAUCCAUAUGGAUGGUGGGUGUCACGUGAUUCUGCUAAAAUGACGUACUGGGGAGGAGCAUCUAUCAAUGGUAAGUGCGCAUGUGGGAUGACCAACUCAUGCGUAAACUCCAGGUUUGGUUGUAACUGUGAUAAGAAUGACCGUGUAUGGCGUGAAGACAGCGGUCUGCUGACUGACAAGACAAAGCUUCCUGUCAAACAGCUCAGGUUUGGAGAUACUGGUAGCGGCAACCAUGGCUACCACACACUGGGAAAAUUAAAGUGUUACGGCACUGCAUGA